CUCUCUCUCUCUCUCUCUCUCUCUCUCACACACACACACACACACACACACACACACACACACACACACACACAGAAUUCAGUGAACCCCCCCUGAGUUCAAUCAUGGUUACAAUUCCACGCCCUAAUCCCAUGAAUAGUUGAUGGGCCAGUAUUGCGAAUAGCUUCAGUGAUAACAUAAAUGGCUCUCAUGCUUCAAACCAUCUCCGGAAACAAGAACCCCAGCACCUCUAAUCUCCUUGUCUCCCAGAGCCGUUUCUUGAAAUCCCUGAAAUUCUAUUUUCCACCCUCAAAUUCAAGAACCCAUUUCCUUAAUUGUAGAUUUUUGACAUCCCAAAGUUACCUUUUCGCCGCCACUAAAGUCAAUGCCUCUUUCGAAGAACCGUACGGAGCCUCACAGAAUCAAGUUGGCGGGAAUAGCAGCAGCAGCUUCGAUGCUUUUCUUUCUGCUGUUGAAUUCCUCAGCCUCGCUUCCUCGGCGGCGGUUUCUGUUUACAUCGCCGUGAGAUGUGGGAUACAGAAGGGAGGAGCUUUGGGGUUGUUGGGGAGCAAGAUUUUAGUGUGGCAGUGUGUGGUUCUGGUGGGCGGGUUGGUGGCUGGAGCGGUGAUACGGCAGCGGCAAUGGAGGAGGGUUUGUGGGGUUGGGCUUUCGAGAGCGCCGGCUUCUUCUGGGGCUAAUUUGUUGGAGAGGGUGGAGAAACUGGAGGACGAUUUGCGCAGCUCGGCGACGAUUAUUCAAGCUUUGUCGAGGCGGCUUGAGAAGCUGGGCAUUCGGUUCAGGCUCACCCGGAAGGCUCUCAAGGAACCUAUUGCUGAGACUUCAGCGUUAGUCCAGAAAAAUUCUGAGGCCACCCGAGCAUUGGCAGCACAAGAGGACAUUUUGGAGAAGGAGCUUGGUGAAAUACAAAAGGUUCUGCUUGCUAUGCAGGAGCAACAGCAAAAACAGCUUGAGCUCAUUCUUGCAAUUGGGAAAGCUGGGAAGUUGUUGGAAACCAAACGAGUAAAGAGUCGAGAUCAGAAAGCACCCGAGACUUCUGAAUCAUCAGUGGAUGGAGUAGCAAAUUUGGAAAUAAACCAAAUCGAAACUCUGGCACGGAAGAAAGAAGCCAACAACGACAGACCUUAGAUUUCCAAUACAAACUUGGACAUGGUCCUGAGUCUUGUUUGACACUGCAAGCAGAGUGCUCGAUCGCAUUCUCUUCAUGGUCAAGCUUUGAUGGUUCACAUAUUGUUCCAGCUUGCAGCUGUCAACUUCGGUAGGCAGAUAGAAAUGUGUUCCAGCUCGUUGAGAUAUCAUACUUGUAGGAGAAAGAUGAUGGAAAGAAGGGAGAGUGCCACUGUAUUCAUCAAACUUCUUUCCAUGCUGUAGUUUUUGGCACAGAACAGAGGAGACAGAGAGAGAUGGAGCACAAGGCACCAGAAACAAAAGGCAGUUCUUCAUCAUCACAUCCGGUAAUGAGUCGUUGCACGACUAUGUUAUAUGUUCAGCAAAUGUACCUCUAAGAACCAUAUGAUUUUUGAACUCAUCUCCCGCACUUGUUUCUUCCUACUGUUACUUCAAGUUCAACUGCACUCCGUUUCAUUAAUAUAAAAACUCCCUACUUUUUCUUGUCUUCCA